AUGCCUUUUCGUGAUGCGAAGGGGUGGAGGCGGUAUGCGAGAGAGGUGGCCUGGUAUGUGCAGGGAACCAAGCACAACCAACGCCGCUACCUGGCGACGCGCCUCAUUGGGCGCCUGACUGGGAGUGCCCGCUUGCUGGCUAUGUCCUGGCCGCAGAAUGAGUUCGACAAUGACCUCGGUGUUCUUAUCUUCCUGCGGAAGCUGGCGCAGUCUCCUCUUGUGCGCCGGUCCUUGCCGAACGUGGCCGCGAUCAUGUCUCAGUACUUUCAGUUCAAGCGGCAGCCGGGAGAGAGCAUCACGAACUUCCUGUGCGGGCAGGGCACUACGAUGGAUAAGCAGCUCUUCGGCCUGGAGACCCUCCUGAAGAAGGAGGAGGAGAAGGACGAUUGGUGGACCGAAGGUUCGUCGAAGCCUUGGUGGAAGCGUGGCUGGUAUGAUGGCGAGGAGGAAGACUAUCACUCCGAGCAGGUCGAGCGCUUCGCCCGGGGCAUCCAGACGGACGAUGAUACCUUCGACAGCUUCAUCUUGGACGUCCUUCGAGGCUGGAGGCUUCUUCAGGCUGCUAGUCUUUCCUUGGAGGAGCGACGUGAUGUGCUUUCCUCUACGGCCAAUCGGCUCGACUUUGAGUCUGUGUCCAAUGCUCUGCAGAUUCUGUGGGACGAGCAGCUCUCGGGCGCCAGGCGCCAGAGCAACAAUCCCAACUCCCAUGGGAAUCCUCAGGUCUACCACAUGGAGGAGCAGGGCGGCUACGAGGCACAAUGGGCCGAGCACGGACAAUGGGAAGAAGAAGACUGGUACGAUGACCAGUGGGAUCAGUGGCAGUACUUUGGCGAGGCCGAAGAACCGUGGCAAGGUGACUGGCCCCAGGGGCCACCGGAGCCGGAUCCCGAUGCCUUCACGGCCGCAGAACUGGAUGAUGGGCAAGUGCGCGAAGCACUUCAGGCAGAAAGGGCGGCCGAAGCCAUGGCGGCAGAGGCUGCGAUGACCUGGAAAAGGGAGCUUCAGCCUUUUCGGGCCGCAAUGAGCACUGAUCAGUGCCACAAGUGCGGCUCCUAUGGUCACUUUGCCCGCGACUGCAAAGGUCCUGGAAAGGGCCGGCCCAAGGGUGCAAUGAUGGCGGACUAUGAGUACGAGCCGGCCGGCUAUGAUGCGAUCCACUUUGUGGGUGGCAAGGGCAAGAAGAAAGGCAAAUCGAAGAGCCACUUCGGCAUGAACGAGGGACCGAUCUUCAAGGGCAAGGGCGGCAAGCAUCCCAGAACCUUUCCGGGCGUGAAUGCAUAUGGCUUGGAGAUGCUUGGCUCUGAAGGGGCUACCGGGCAGAACUAUCAUGUGUCCUCGGAGAGGGACGCUAUUCCUCCUUCCUCCGGUCUUUUGGACUGUGGGGCAACAGCCUCUGCAGGUCCGGAGGCCAGUGUUCAGAGGCUCAUUGCAGCAGUCAUUGAGAAGGACUCCCAGGCGACGAUCACCAUCGAUCAAUCCCGUCGGCCAUACUUUCGCUAUGGGUCUGGGGCGUGGGGCAGGGCACAGUUUCAUGUCACUUUGAUGUCUCGUGUGAGUGGUCAGCAGCUGCAGUUCGAGGUGUAUGCCCUACCAAACCCGCCUGAGUUUGUGGAGCGCUGGUUUAGGCCACACAUGUUGGUACCCAUUUUGGUAGGUAUGAGCCACAUUGGAAGCGGUGGAGCUGGGAUGAUCAUUGACUUUAAUGACGGUUCCUACUUGAAUGCAGCAGAUAUAUCUAAGUUGCGACAGCGUCCUCCCGAUGAUCCUCAGUACCUGACCUCCAACUCCAAAGGCCACUUCGUGCUCGACAUUGUCCAGUACCUCACUGGAGGCCAGGUCUGCGAGAAGGGGAAUUGUGCUGUGGUGGUAAAGCAACCGGAUUUGCCCUUGCAGUUCAUGUUUCCACUUGUGCUGGAGGAGAAUGUGUUGACUUUGGGUGGUGCUGAGAACAUGAAUCCUGAGUUGCGGCGCACCUUCAUGCAGCAGAUGUUGAAGCGACACACUUGUGAAACCUCCUCGGCGGAAGCUUUCUCCAGCUCGAGGAUGAGCGGGCAGACUAGACCCUCUCCUCAGAUCGACAACUUCGCCCCCGCGAUCAACCAUGGCUCCCAAGACCAAGAGCAGCUCACUUCCGGCGCUCGACCCGUCGCGCAUGGUAGAAGCGGAUCCUCGAGAUCCCCGUGCCUUGCGGACGCAGUCGGAGCGAUCGGUGGCAACCUUGGAGCCAUCUCAACCACUUGA